UUUUUAACGCUCCUAGUCGGGCGAUGUAACAUGAACGUUAGAUUCAUACAGAGAAAGGAAGUAGUGAGCUAGGUUACUAGCCGUGUCUAUCGGCGGAACCGUAAAGUUUGAAAUGGGAUACGGUUUUCAAUUGCUUAAUUGAUUUUUUAUAUAUAACCCGCGAUAGACACAACAUUUCUUGUAUUGAAAUAUAAGAUUAAUAUGAUUUCAGACAAGGACUUUGUCUGGAAAACUUUGCGAUAACGUCUUUGGCUAGCUAGCUAGCCGCCUCGAUAGGGAGAGAAAGGGAACUUUGAGAUUUCUCUUUCAAAGUUUACGACUUUGCUACGAAUUGGAUUACGUUAUUCGAUUAAAAAAACACCAGAACCAGGUUUUAGAUGGUGAGUGCAGAGGCAGUGCGGUAUGCUGAAGCGUGCCUCCCUGUGUCAGAAUGAGUGUCACGGAUGGCGAGGGGACAGCUAGCCAAGACGGGAGGACCUACGUUCUCCAGAUCUACCCGCGGCUCUCCCUGGAGACGGAGUCAUGCUGCACCCUGCGCGUCUCCAAGGACGCCACGGCGGCGGCCGUCAUCCAGGACGCGGCGGGCGUCCUGGGCCUGGACUGCUCCCUGCGCUACGCGCUGGCGGAGGUGAAGGAGUGCGGCGGGGAGGAGUGGGUCCUGGAGGCCAGCGACCUCCCCGUGCAGAGGGUCCUGCUGUGGCCCCGGCGGGCCCAGGACAGCCACCCGCAGAGCGAGGGCUUCUACUUCCUGCUGCAGGAGCGCAACCAUGACGGCUCCAUCCGCUACGUCCACCUGCCCGCCCUGCGGCGGGAGAGGGAGAACCGGCGGCUGCAGGCCCGCGGCUUCCUGCCGCCGCGCCAGGAGGACUUUGACGACCUGUGCAACCUCCCCGCCCUGACCGAGGACAGCAUCCUGACCAACCUGCGCUCGCGCUUCCACAAGCAGAAGAUCUACACCUACGCCGGGAGCAUCCUCAUCGCCAUCAACCCCUUCAAGUUCCUGCCCAUCUACAACCCCAAGUACGUCAAGAUGUACGAGAACCACCAGCUGGGCAAGCUGGAGCCGCACAUCUUCGCCAUCGCCGACGUGGCGUACUACGCCAUGCUGCGCGAGCGCGUCAACCAGUGCAUCGUCAUCUCCGGGGAGAGCGGCUCCGGCAAGACGCAGAGCACCAACUUCCUCAUCCACUGCCUGACGGCGCUCAGCCAGAAGGGCUUCGCCAGCGGGGUGGAGAGAACCAUCCUGGGGGCGGGGCCGGUGCUCGAGGCAUUUGGCAACGCGAAGACCGCCCACAACAACAACUCCAGCCGAUUCGGGAAGUUCAUCCAAGUCAAUUAUCUGGAGGGCGGGGCUGUCCGGGGGGCGGUUGUGGAAAAGUACCUUCUGGAGAAGUCUCGGCUGGUCUCCAGAGAGAAGAACGAAAGGAACUACCACGUGUUCUACUACCUGCUGGUGGGGGCAUCGGAGGAGGAACGCAAGGAGUUCAAACUUCUACAGCCUGAAGACUACCUCUACCUCAAGCAGCAAAACUUUAAGAUUGAAGAUGAAGAGGAUCUGCGCCACGACUUUGAGAGGCUGCAGCAGGCCAUGGAGAUGGUGGGCUUCCUCCCCGCCACUAAGAAACAGAUUUUCUCAGUACUGUCCGCCAUCCUGUACCUGGGCAACGUGACGUACAGGCGCAAGUCGACGGGGCGGGACGAGGGGCUGGACGUGGGGCCCCCGGAGGUCCUGGCCACCCUGUCCGAUCUGCUCAAGGUUAAAGAGGAGCUGUUGGUGGAGGCGCUCACAAAAAGGAAAACGGUGACGGUCAACGACAAGCUCAUCCUGCCCUACAGCCAGAGCGAGGCCGUCACCGCCAGGGACUCCAUGGCCAAGUCGCUGUACAGCGCCCUGUUCGACUGGAUCGUCCUGCGCAUCAACCACGCGCUGCUCAACAAGAAGGACAUGGAGGAGUCCGUUACGUGCUUGUCCAUCGGUGUGCUGGACAUAUUCGGGUUUGAGGACUUCGAGACCAACAGCUUUGAGCAGUUCUGCAUUAACUACGCCAACGAGCAGCUUCAGUAUUACUUCAACCAGCACAUCUUCAAGCUGGAGCAGGAGGAGUACCAGGCUGAGGGCAUCACCUGGCACAACAUCGACUACACGGACAACGUGGGCUGCAUCCACCUGAUCAGCAAGAAGCCCACGGGCCUCUUCUACCUGCUGGAUGAGGAGAGCAACUUCCCUCAUGCCACUGACCAAACCCUGCUGGCCAAGUUCAAGCAGCAGCAUCAGGGGAACAAGUACUUCGUCCCCACGCCCGUGAUGGAGCCGGCCUUCGUCAUCCGGCACUUUGCUGGCAUGGUCAAGUACCAGAUCAAGGACUUCCGGGAGAAGAACACGGACCACAUGCGGUCGGACAUCGUGGCGCUCCUGCGCAGCAGCGACCGGGCCUACGUGCGCCAGCUGAUCGGGAUGGACCCGGUCGCCAUGUUCCGCUGGGGCAUCCUCCGGGCCACCAUCCGCGGCAUGGCCGCCUUCAACGAGGCGGGGCGCCGCUGGGCCGCCAAGACCGCAGGUGUGGUACGGCCCAGUUGUCGGACCCCAUUGGGGGAGCUGCAGAGGUCCAACACCCCCGUGGAGAGGAUGUACCGCCGCGCCUCUUUGCUCGAUUUCUCCUUUGAUCAUUCUGAGGAGCGCCCUCUAGAGGCAUUCGAAGACAUCUUUGCUAGCUAUGAGAGUAAGAAGGACAUGCAUGCCCAAAUCAUCAGCUCCAUAAAGGACUUGCAGUUGGACGGCGAAGACCCUCGCAAGUUACUGCAGUCCUGGGGUCGCCUGCGGUUCCCUCGCCACGUCCUUCAGAAAAAUAAGAACGCCAGGCAGAAGCAGCUCAUUCCCAAGAGCCUUAUCGAUUCCCGCUCCCUCAAGUUCAUAGUGGGCCUCACCUUACACGACCGCACCACCAAGUCUCUGCUCCACCUGCACAAGAAGAAGAAGCCCCCCAGCAUUAGUGCCCAGUUCCAGACGUCCCUCAGUAAGCUGAUGGAGACUCUAGGCAAGGCAGAGCCCUUCUUCAUCCGCUGCAUUCGCUCCAAUGCUGAGAAGAUGGAGAUGAGCUUCGAUGAAACGCUGGUGCUUCAGCAGCUGCGGUACACGGGUAUGCUGGAGACGGUGCGAAUCAGGAGGUCCGGUUACGGCGCCAAGUACACCUUUCAGGAAUUCAUCGAGCAGUACCGGGUGCUGCUCCCGAACCGGGCGGAGCCAUCUCAGGAAGACAUCUCCGCCCUUCUGCAGAGGCUCCUCCCGGACAACACCACCUACCAGAUCGGCAAGACCAAGGUGUUCCUGAAGGAGCCGGAGCGGCAGGUGCUCAAGGACACGCGGCACAAAGAAAUCAUGCACAAGAUCGUCUUCCUGCAGCGCUGGUUCCGCGCCAAAUUGGAGAGGAGGCAGUUCCAGCACAUGAGGGAGGCGGCCGUCCUCAUCCAGAGGGCCUGGCGCAGGUUCCGGGCGGCCAGCCGCCACAGAGCCGCCGUCAUAAUCCAGGCAGCCUGGCGGGGCUCCCAGCAGCGGGCCGAGUACCUCCGGCAGCGGGCCAGCGUCCGGAAGGUGCAGGCGCUGGCGAGGGGACAUUCGGCACGGCGAAGGUGCCAGUCCCUGCGGGAAGAGAAGAGGAGGGUCGAAGAGGAAGAAGCCAGGAAGAGGGCCGAGGAGGAGGAAGAGGCGGCCAGACGGGCGAGACAGGCAGAGCAGGAGGCCGCAGAGAGAAAGGCGAGGCAGGAGGAAGAGGCGCGGCAGAAAGAGGCGCGGCAGAAAGAGGCGCAAGCAAAAUCUGUGGAGGCAAGAACAGAGGAGGAGGGAGAGGAAGAGCCGGCCUCUUCGAAGUUUGCUGCCGAGGAGGAGAGAGAGGCCGCAGGGAAGGAACCCAGCCAGGCAGAAGCUGCAUCUCCCCAGCCUGAGGAAGAGGAGGAGGAGGAGGAGGAUGAGGAAGAGGAGGAGGAGGAGGAGGAGGUGGAAUCUCCUGAUGUCCUUAAGCCAGCGGGGAGGAAGACGGCACCAAUUGCUGUCCCAGAGCCUGAAGAGGAAGAGGAGGAGGAGGCGGAGCCUGCUGCCACCCCCACACCGGGGAAGGAGAGCAAGAAGGCGGAGCCUGGCGCCGUCCCCGCCCUUCAGUCGCAGGAGAAGAGGCGCAGAACCCCGCAGCCCCACAAGAGCGCCACCUCCAGGAGCCAGGAGAAGCGGGAGAUGAGGAGGCAGCGUGGCCUGGAGCACAGCCAGCGUGAGAGCCAGCGUGUCGCUUCCACCAAUCAGGAGGACCCUGUCGCAAAGGUCAAAGGUCAGGAGGGCAGGCCGAAGGAGCGCUCGGACAGCAAGGAGCUGGACCAGUACACAUUUGUAGCCUGGAAGAAGAAGGAGGCCAAGCCCGUCUCCCCUGCCCCGAGCCGCCCCUCCUCCCUCCCCCUGGCCACCACCACCAGGCCCGAGAGGAACGGCCACAGGGAGUCCUCCAGCCCCCCCUCCAUGGGCUCUCUGCACCGCUACCGGCAGACGGCCAUGAAGGAGAAGGGCGAGAAGUGGAAGGAGAAGAGGACCGAGCCGGAACAUGUGGACACCCCCGAUCCGAGGAAUGCCGUGGACAGGACUUUACAGCUUCGCGGAAUCUCAAUGUCCCUGGAUAACGUGUCCAAGCUGAACUCUUCUGGAUCUGACAGCUCCGGUGCCUCUCCAUCAAACAGAGAGGUCAGGGCGCGUUUCCGCAAGCGCAACAAAAACAAACAGCGGCUAGCCUUUGCCCGUAGCCGCUUGAUGUUUAAAAGCGCGGAAAUGGAGGACGCGGAUACGGACUUCUGCGGCAUCCCCUUGCGCCCCAUGUGCAUGGCGGGGUCCGUCUACUACAGCAGGUCCCAGCCAAAAGCCCAGCUCAGUCCCGAGGUCCAGGUUCAGUCCCCAACAGAGAUCAGCCCUGACGGGGCGAAGUUCAGCUCCCUGAAGCGGAGGCCCAACGACAGCCCGGGUCACCAGGACUCCGCCCCUCCACAGCCGUCCACCCCAGAGAGAUCGGGGUUCCUGAGGAAGAUCCUGAAGAAGCGUCCGCACAAAGAGGCACAGACGCCGGACGACGGAGACCUCACCCUGGCACAGAGCCUCGCUGAGAGAGGAGCAGAGGAGCCCUCGGGCAGCCGAGUCCACCGAAACCGCACCAUCAAGAUCAGCCGCGCCACGCGCGUCUCCGAGCAGUGGAACGCCUCGCUGGACCGCCAGAUCACCAACGCCAACGAGCUGCGCCACCUGGACGAGUUCCUGGGGAAUCAGGUGAAUGAUCUGCGCUCACGGGGAAAGCAGCUGUCGGCGACGGAGCAGAUGUUCAUCACGGCCACCAUGCAGUUCAGGCAGGUCAUCAAGAGCAUGUACUCGCUCUCGAAGCCGCAGAUUGGCUACAAAGGGCUGAUGAGUGGCUAUGAGAACAAGGUGGCCAUCCUGGCUGGGGAUAAGCCCAAUGCUGAGAAGCAGCUGGUGGUGAAUCUCUUCCAGUCCGUUCUGGACGGCUUCAUUCGCGGGGAGAUCAAGAAGGAGGAGGCGGAGCCAGCUAAGCCUGCAAAAGCGCGAAAGAAAAGGCGGAAGAAGGAUAAGAGCCUGGAGAACCCUCUGGACCACAUGUUCAACACGUACCAGGUGAACAUCGUGCAGUCCUGUGACCAGUGCAGCUCCUACAUCUGGGGCAUGGAGAAGGCCUGCAUGUGCAGCUCUUGUAAAAUGGUGUGCCACAGGAAGUGCCUCUCUAAAAUCACCACGGACUGCUCCACCUAUUGCGCCAAGAAGUACGAGGAAGAGUCCGGCUCCCAGCACUUUGGGGUUCGCGUCUGCCUGCUGAUCAACGAUAAGAACCCCAUCCCCAUCGUCUUGGAGAUGAUGCUGGAGCACGUGGAGAUGAACGGCCUGUACACGGAGGGCAUCUACCGCAAGUCUGGCUCUGCCAAUCGCAUGAAGGAGCUGCACCAGCUGCUGGAGUGCAACCCCCACGUGGUGUGUCUGGAGGACUACCCCAUCCACACGGUGACCGGCCUGGUCAAACAGUGGCUGCGGGAGCUGCCCGACCCCCUCAUGACCUUCACCCACUACAGCGACUUCCUGCACGCCGUGGAACUGCCUGAGAAGCAAGAACAGCUCCACGCCAUCUACAAAGUGCUGGAUCAGCUUCCUAGUGGCAACUUCACCACUCUGGAAAGACUCAUCUUCCAUCUUGUCAGAGUGGCUAAGGAGGAGGAGCACAACCGCAUGUCCCCCAACUCCCUGGCCAUCGUCUUCGCCCCCUGCAUCCUCCGCUGCCCCGACACUGCCGACCCCCUCAUGAGCAUGAAGGACGUGGCCAAGACCACCACGUGUGUGGAGAUGCUGAUCGUGGAGCAGACCAGGCGAUACAAUGAGAAGAUGGAGGAGAUCGAGCAGCUGGAGUACGCGCAGGCCCUGGCUGUCAAUCAGCUGAAGCUGAAGAGGCAGAACACGUACUGGCCUUUACCACUCAGGUUUUCUCCUUGCAAAGGAGCGGUGAUCCACGAGAAGACGAGAUGCUCUGAUCUGAGCGUGGUCCCCGAGAACGAGCCGGCGGACUCGGACACCGAGGGGGAGAGGACCCUCAUGGAGCGCAUCAAGUCCAUCAAGCAGGAGAAGGAGGACUUGGCCUACCGGCUGCCUGAGCUGGAACAGCCCGGUUCCGACCAGGAGAACCUGGACUCGGAGGCCUCCGUGAGCUCCGAGAGCCUGCUGGAGGACCGGCCGGUCAACUCGGACGCCGAAGGGAAGAUGACCGCGGCCCAGAGGAAGCCUCGGCCGGCCGGCCUCCCCAAACCCGCCGAGCCGGACCCCCCGGCGGCCGCACAGCCCGUCGCCCGGCAACAGCUGCAGCGCCGCCUCCCCAUCAUCCCUAGCACCAUCAAGCUGCCCCACGGGGUCCUCCCCCUCCCGUCAGCGCAGGCUCUGCCCCUGCGUGCCGCCCGCUCCUUCUCCCUGGUGAAGAGGCGAGACCAGCCGGCACGCCGCAAAGACAGCAUCCAAUCCCUGUACAUCGUCCCCGGCCAGGAGGCCUACCCCUCUCCCCCCGCCGCCUGCUCCUCCUCCUCCCCCCCCGCGUCCAGCGACUGGCAGCUCGCCAAAGUCACCCGCCGCUUCUCGGACCCCGACAUCCCGUACAUCGAUGACGAGGCCUAGCCGGAGACUGAGCGUGCUCGGGAGCGCAGGAGAGGACCCCGGAUACUGUUACCGCCAUCGUCCCCGCUGCCCCUGUGUGUCUAAUUGUGAUAGAGUUGUGAUCACGAUAAUAAUGAAAACCCAUGUUGUCUCUCCAAGCACUUUUUCUAUACUAUAACUGUAAAGUUUUAUUACAAAAAAAGACAGAUUGAAAAUUGAGCUGCAUUUUAAGCAGCAACUAAGACGUUAACAUGGACCAAUUUUUUUUUUCAUUUUUUGCUGUCUUUUCUUCAGAAUGGUAACGUUAGGUCUAACGUUACCUAAGGCAAGUUGAGUUCCACCUUUCCUUUUCUUUUCUUUGCAUCGUGCACUGUGUCUGGGGUCCAAGCAGAGUUCUACUCAAAGUGUGCCUUACAGUUUUCUUGUUCUUUUUUCUUUUUAAAUUCCAUUCCUUGUCUGGUUAUCCGUUUUAUUUGGCUGAAGGGGUUUGUUCGGAUUCCAUGCUGUAGGUACAACUUAAUCGACUUGUUCCAAUGUUACAGUUAUUUUAGCCUUUUUAAAUGUUUUUUUUUCCUCUCGUGUUGCUUCGGCGCGUUGUCUGCCUGGCUGCUGCUCCCCACUCCCCCGUUCGCCUCGGAAAGAAGAAAUGACACGGACGGACUUCCUUCCUCAAAGGGAAAAGGGCGCUAUGGCGAGGGCGCUGGCCACUUGGCUCUCUCGGACAGGGGAAGGCCAAACCGCGCGGGUUUGCUGCUUCUGACGUGUGCGAGGCUCCGCUCGCUCCCUCAGUCUCGCGGGGGGGUGGGGUGGGUGGUGAUCUGUAAACCCGGGGGUGCAGUCAUGCUCUGUCACGUUAUCACUAAUGUCAUUUGGGUGCAAUUGUUGUUUGGUGAAUGUCAUUGGUGGUGUGAUUAAAUGGCACCACCCUCCUAAUAACAGUUAUUGGUUGUUUGAAGAUGGAGUGUGUUAAUAUUCACCCCCCCUGCUUUUCAUUGAAUCUUCCACAAAGACACCUCAGCAGCUUCCCUUCUGUUCCUUUCCAGCCGACAACCGCCAGGUUAUAUAAAGCAACUGAAAUGCCAAUAAGACAGCCUUUCUGUGAGCGGUAAUCUUUUACUGUUCGAUGGGACCAGAGAUCGCCAAGCUUUUGCUGCGUCAUCACAAGUUGAAACAUUCCUCAACAUAACAGGACAUGUCAUUCGCUUCCAUUCCACACUACUGUAUGUUCGCUUGAAUUCCACGAGUAAUCAAAAUGGCAAAACCGCUUGUAUAUAGUGCCUUAAAUGAAUGGCACAUGUUGAUCCAGUCUUUCAGAUGCCGUGUGUCUUUAAAGAGCGUCGAUACAAGGGUCAGUUUGUGUUCUGCCGCGUGUGGAAUGUGUUUAACGCGGUCGAUCUAGAACUCCUCCGAUUCGUUGUUCAUUAACUUCUUCCUGGAUGUGUCGCUGUCCUCUUACAUUUUCCCUUGCUCCUGUCACAUUCCCGCUGUCCAUAAUCCACCAUAUGAAAAAUAUGGCAAUAAAUUGACAUUAUAGUAUUUAAUUAUUUAAAAAUCCGAUGCUGUCAUGAGGCUUUAAAUUGGCCAAAAUUUUUAGCCGUGACAAUUGAGAAUCCAGAACUGAAAAGAAGACAGAGAACGCACGCGACCGCCUGACUGAAACCGUUUUCAGAAUGUUUUUAAAACGCUUGCUGCUUUGCAUUUUUUCCAUGGCCCGAAUGGCUCGUCGGGCUUCAGGCUCAGAGGAUUAUAAAUGUUGGAUGCUCUUCACCCUGCACACUUUAAAUGGUCUUUGUGCUGGAAUACAAACUUUGAUUCUGGGUCCUCUGUCUGUGUGGAAAGUGUGUGAGACUGUUGUAAAAAUGUGUUGAAUGUCUGUGUUUUAGUUGGCCAAAGCAUUUGGUAUGGUGCACACGGCAUACCGAUGUUACCAGAACAUUCUGAGCGCCUGUGCUUAACGGACCCGUGAGAUGUCGUGUGCGUGGCAUGAGGUUCCGUACCUGCAGAGGACACCUUGUUGAGGCAGAAGUGGAUUAGCGUCAAGACCGCCUCAUGUGCCGUGCGGGCAGAGAUUCUUUUUAAUAUGUAUUUUAGUUGAUUUCCAUUUUUAUCUAUGGUUACAAGUGGCAUACAGAUGUUUUGCAUGUGGUCUAGAAUGCUCUCUCUCUCUGGUGUACUUCUCAGUUUCUCUCCUGGAAUUUGAUACAGUUGUAUGAAAAGAAUGAGUGUUUUGACAGUAAAGUAUGAGCUCGUUUGACAGUAAAGUAGCAAGUAGAUUAACUGAUUUAUGUAUUUUCCUUUUCUGUUUAUGUAUGCUAUUCAUCUUUGACAGAUUGUUUUUUUUUUUUUUUUUUGUUUUGUUCUGGUGAGGACGAGCAAGAAUAAAGUUUCAGUGCCAGUG